GGACUAAACGAGAUACCAGAAACACGAAAACCUAAUUUCCGAAAAGAAAAAACUCGCAUCGCCGCCGCAGCCCCGCCUAGAUCGCCGGGCGCCGCCGCCGCCACCGCCAUGUCGACCCCGGGCGCCGCCUACUACGCGUCCCUCGCGCGCGAGCAGUUCUUCUGCUACCAAUGCAACCGCACCGUCCUCCUCGCCAUCUCCGCCGCCGCCGCCGGCGAGCUCUCCUGCCCCGAGUGCGGCGGCGACUUCCUGGAGAAGGUCAACAUCCCCGCCCCCACCAUCCCCACCUUCACCUUCGACUUCUCCCCUGCGAUGCGCUCCGCCAUGGCCUCUAUGAUGCCCACCGCCUCCGCCUCCACUAUGAUGCCCACCGCCUCCUCCCCCCCUAUGGUGCCCACCGCCGCCUCCCCCCCUAUGGUGCCCGCCGCCUCCUCCCCUAUGACUAUGAUGCCCACCGCCUCAACCCCACCCCAAUCCUCCUCCUCCUCCUCCACCGCCGCGACCCACUCCAUCGACCUCUCCACCUUCCUCACCACCAUCAUGGGCCCUCAGGGUGGCCGGAGCGGGAGCGGUGCCGUCUCCGCCGCCGGCGCGGCCACACCUGAGAACGAGCCUGAGGCCUAUGACCCGCACGCCUUCUUCCAGGACUACCUCCGCGGCCGCAGGGGGCGCGGCGUCAACAUCUUCGACCUGCUCGAGGACGUCAUGGACCACCUCGCCGCCGGCAUAGAAGACGGCGGUGUCGGUAUCGGUGUCGGUGGUGGAAGCUUCGGGGACUACUUCGUCGGCCCUGGCCUGGAGCAGCUCAUCGAGCAGCUCGCUGAGAACGAUCCCAACCGCUACGGCACGCCGCCCGCUGCCAAGUCGGCCCUGUCCACGCUUCCUGACGUUGUCGUGACGGAUGCCAUGGUCGCUGCGGCGGAGGGCGCCAACUGCGCUGUGUGCAGGGAAGAUUUCUCACCUGGGGAGGGGGCCAAGCAGAUGCCCUGCAACCACAUCUACCAUGCCGACUGCAUCAUACCCUGGUUGGAGCUCCACAAUUCAUGCCCUGUUUGCCGCUUCGAGCUACCCACCGAUGAUCCUGAUUACGAGAGCAACAAGGCCUCAAAGACGCAGCCAUCUGUUGGCAUCGCGGCCGCACCUGCAUCCGGGAGCUCUGCUGCUGCUGCUGCUGCUGUGGAAGGAGGGGAGGAGACUGCAAGGGUGGUGGAGAGGAGUUUCAAUGUGUCACCACAACAAGAUGGGAACAAUGGAGGUGCUGGCAGUAGCUCACAGGACAAUGGCUCGCAGGAUGGAGUUGCGAGCAACAAGAAUUGAACUCAAUUAGGUGAUCAGUUGGGAGGUAUUAUUUACAUAGUGAACACGGUUUUAUAUCGGAUGCAAUGUAGGUUAUAGAUUAUAUCAUGUUCAGAACUAUCUGCUAUUUCCAUUUUUAGAAGAAAUUUCUUCCAUCUAUGUUUGGAGAACUACUAUAACUGCCGUGGUUAUAGUUCAGAUUUGAACUAAAACCACGACACUUAUUAUGGAUCGGAGGGAGUACAAUUUUUUCUUGACUUGGUAUCCAAAUUCGCUGAGAACUCGGUUAAUGCAAUUGCAUUGCCUUAUCCAACACGGUUGAGACUUUAGAGAUGCUAUAAUAGAAAGUUGAUUGUUCACAUCCAA